AUGUCGAAGUUACCGAACGAGCUUCGUUUGAUAAUUUCACGAAAAACAACAUCAGAUAUUUGGGAUCUGGAUAAUCUACUUUCUACGUUUAAUGAAGAGCUUCAAGCAAGAGAAAAGUGCAAUUUUGUAUCGGAAGCAUCAGCCAGUGAUAAUUCAAAGAAGCCAUCCUGGAAUGAAAAACCCAAACCAUUUACAGCAUCAUCCCUAUUUUCAGGUUCAGGAAAUGAAGGAACAUCCCAAGAACAAGAGUCUACCAAGCCUGAAAAGGAUGGAACUAAGAAUGACCAAAGUCCAAAACUUCCUUCGACAGCAAACAUUGCAUGUAUUGGCCAAGAUCAACCGAAAGCGGUGCUCCUUCAGACUGCAUCAGCCAGAAUAUCCAGUGUACAAAACCCACAAAUUCAAAUUAAAGCACGUAUCAUGUUUGACCUUGGAAGUCAAAGGACAUAUAUAUCAGAAAGCCUCAAAGAAAAGUUAUCUCUCCAAGCUGUUAGAUCCAAUACAUUGAUGAUUAAGACUUUUGGAAGUACAUCAGAACAAAUUCAAGAAUGCCCUCUGGUUGAAUGCAUUGUGAACAGUCGUCAUGAUAAUUCAUCCUUAUGUAUCAAUGCAUAUGCCGUACCUACCAUCUGUGCCCCUCUUAAUGGGCAGAUCAUCAACUCUGCAAAGCAAGAGUACACCCAUCUGAAGGGACUCAGAUUGGCAGAAGAAGCAAGAGAUGAAGAAGAAUUACGGGUUGAUGUGUUAAUUGGUGCAGACCACUACUGGGACUUUGUAAGUAAGAUUGAGAAAAGAGGCGGCCAAGGUAGCCCAGUUGCUACUUACACAAGACUCGGAUGGGUCCUCAGUGGGCCAGCGGUCGUGAGAGAAAGUCGAGCUGCCUCGAUUAACCUUAGUUCCACUCAUGUUCUUCGUGUCGAGACUGAAGUUGAAACCAGAAAUAGUGAUCUACAAAGCGAAGUAAAGAAAUUUUGGGAAUUAGAAAGCCUGGGCAUCAAGAGUGAAGAAGAAAGUGUCUACCACAAGUUCCUUGAAGAUACAGAAUUUAAAGGAGAAAGGUAUGAAGUCAAAUUGCCAUGGAAAGAGGAAAAUGAACUGUUACCUGAUAACUACAAGCUAAGUAUAAACCGAUUGAAUUCCCAGCUAAGACGACUCAAAGCGAAGCCAAACGUGCUGGAAGAGUAUGAUCGAGUCAUUGAUGACCAACUGAAGGCCGGAGUGAUAGAGAGAGUUGAAGAGUCAACACCAAAGCCCCUUGGAAAGGUACAUUACCUGCCACAUAGAGAAGUUGUUCGACCCGAAAAGUCCACCACAAAACUAAGAGUGGUAUACGAUGCAUCCGCAAGAUCAAAUGGACCGUCAUUGAACGAUUGUCUCUAUGUUGGUCCGUCAUUGUUACCUUUAUUAUUCGACAUCCUUCUUCGGUUUCGACUCCACAGAAUCGCAUUGGUGGCUGAUAUAGAGAAAGCUUUCUUGAACAUUAGCAUUUCCGAAGAAGAUAGAGAUUUUCUAAGGUUUCUGUGGGUUAAUGACAUCAAGAGUGACCAACCGGAGGUAGUAGUGUAUCGAUUUGCUCGUGUAGUUUUUGGAGUCGCGUCAAGCCCCUUCCUCUUAAAUGCAACAUUACAGAAACACAUCUACACAUACCAGAGCACCGACCCAAAAAUUGUAGAAAACCUGCUACAAUCCCUCUAUGUAGAUGAUCUCAAUUCAGGAGCAGACAACACACCAGAAGCGCUACAUCAGUACUCGAGAGUAAAGGAGAUAAUGCAUCAAGGUGGAUUUAACAUGAGAAAAUGGAAGACAAACUGUCCUGAAUUAGCACAAAUAAUUAGAGAAACCGAGAAUGAAGUAUCAAGCACUCAAGAUGCAAUCACCUCUACAGAAACCUCUAUGUCAUAUGCCAAACAAGUUCUUGGCUCCCAGCCUGAUGAUGAAAGUUCUUGGUGUAACAUGGAACAACUCCACUGA